CAUACAAACCACCAUAAUAUGCAGGCACAGAAUGCAUUUUAUGUAUAUUUAUUGCUGAUGGUAUGUAUCACCCAGAAUGGCAAGUACCACAUCAUCAUGACCUAGCGGAAUGGUCCUGCGUUAACAAAGAAGUGGAAAGUGCAAAUAGUGAGAUGAAACAGAUAUGCAGAUGAUUUGAAAAUGUGACUUUCAUUGAUAUAAGUAACUAGAAAGGAGAUUCCAUACUAGACAUGGUUUCCACUUAAAUAGAUUAGGAAAACAUUUCGUAAUUGCAAAAAUAAUAGAAAUAGUAAAUGCCAAAACGAAAGUAAGUUGUGACACUUCAAACGUAAUUCCCCUCAAGGACAAGACCCACAAACUACUUAGUGAAUCUGAAAAUUAAGCAUCACCACUACAAGACAAGUGUGAUGUUCUGACAUCACAAGAAAACACGCCAAGUGCUAGCAGUUCACAAGGAAGCAUAUCAAUAACAACAGAACCAACGCCUGAAGUAUCAGAAACAGCUACACCAUCAUCAUCAUCAACAGCAACAACAACAACAGAAAUGACAGCAUCAAUGACACCGGGAGCUACACCAGCAGCAGCAGUAAGCAACUCACCAUAUCCCAGUGAACGACCUACAAGGUGCAGAAAACCUGUCCUUCUGGAGGAUUUUUGGUACCUCGCCAAAGCAAGGAACAGAGUAUGACACCACAAAAUAAGAGGGCCAUCCGAAUAAUAACUCACAGUCAUCCACGGACACACUGCAAACCCAUAUUCAAAAAGCUUAGAAUACUUACUAUACCAUCAUUAUACAUAUACAAAUGUGUAUUGUAUGUCUGGACCCACAUUGCAGAUUUUCAGACAAAUGCCGACUUUCAUAACUACAAUACCCGUAACAGCGCAGCACUCCAUACUCAGCGAACAAAAAGAACGAAUACACAAAGGCAUGUGAACCACAUUGGUGCAAAACUGUACAACACACUGCCAGUCAACAUCAGGCAGUUAGAAGAUGAUAACAAAUUUAAAACAGAAUUUAAAAAAUUUCUAGUAGAACAAUGUUUUUAUUCUGUAAAUGACUAUGUAGGUCAAUAAAUUUUUUCUGAUGAUAUUUAUAAAGGCAAA